AUGGAUGAGAAAGUACUAGUAACGGGAGCUUCCGGCUAUAUCGCCAUGCACAUUGUGAAUAUCCUUCAAUCGGAGCGCUACCAUGUGGUAGCUACGGUGGACACUCAACAGAAAGCUGACCGGAUUUCAUAUGCGUUUGAACACUACUAUCCUUACGCUGUACUGGAUGUAGUAGUCAUCGCUGACACUGCAGCACCGGAUGCAUUUGAAACUGUGUUCCAGAAGCAUCCUGAUAUCCAGCAUGUCAUCCACACAGCACCGCCAGCGUCUUUGGGAGAAGGAAAUACCACAGAGGCCGCAUAUUUGACUCCGGCAACCGAGGGUACGAAAAACGUUCUUGAGUCCAUCCAUAAGUUUGGUACGAAUGUCAAAAGGGUCGUGGUGACAUCUUCAUUCUCUGCACUCAUGGACUUGGACCGUGCCGGUGACCCCAGGUGUGUCAUUUCGGAAGAAUCGUGGAACCCAAUCACCUGGGAGCGGGCCAAGGACAAAGACAGCAAGGCGUACUCUGCAUCCAAAAAAAUCGCGGAACAGAUGGUGUGGAAAUUUUACAACGACAACAAGGAUUCUGUGAACUAUACAGUUACAACCGUAAACCCUCCUUAUGUUUUCGGCCCGCACGUCUUUGAAUGGGGAUUGGAAACCGGAGAAUGGAACACUACGGCGCAAUUUAUCAAAAAGGCGCUCGAUUUGACACCAAAAGAUCAAGGACCUUUCAUCAAGCCCCGGGGCAUUAGCUGUGAUGUAAGAGACGCUGCAUUGCUUCACGUCCUGCCGCUCAGAAACCCUGAUUUGGCCGGGAAGAGACUAUUUCCUGUCAACGGAACAGGGGUCAAGCAGCACAGUUACGAAGAUGGUAAAUUCAAUCUACAGAGAAUUGUUGAUAUUCUGAGUGCUACGUUCCCAGAGUUGGAGGACAAGUUGCCCGCGGGCUCGCAAGUGGAAAAUCAAGCGAAUCUUGAACAGUUGGCACGCUAUAAUAACGAUGAGACGUGCAAGCUGACUGGUAUGGAGUUCAAAUCUUUUGCAAUUACGUUGCGGGAUGCUGGGAACCAAAUAAUGAAGGUGCAGUCCAAGAAGUGA